CCGCCACUCUAUCUUGGACCACAGUCCGGUUAAUUGAGAUCAUCUCUUCGUGCGAUGUUAUAGUAUAAAAGCUAUAAGAGUACUGUCGAUGUACCUUCGCGGACUUACCAGGACGUACCAGCCGACUUCUUCAAGAUGAAGUACUUCUCCCAUGAGGCGGCCUUGCUCAUUGGGUCAUUACUAUCCGCUUCCGCCAAUGCCCUUGACCUGGUUCGCAGACAGGCUGCAACGAAUGCCACAUACAAGGACCCCUCUGCGUCAAUUGAUGACCGAGUUGCAGAUCUGCUCUCGCGCAUGACCAUCGAAGAGAAGACUUCCCAGCUUAUUCAAGGUGAUAUUUCGAACUGGAUCAACACCACUACCAACGCAUUCAACGCUACCGGUAUUGCCUGGAACUUCGAGAAGCGUGGAGGCCAGUUUUAUGUUGGGUACCCGGUUGAGCAGCAAUGGAUCGCUGGCGGAGUCAAGAGGGCGCAGGAUUACAUUCUGCACAACACGACGCUUGGUAUCCCGGCUUUGGUUCAGACUGAGGGUAUCCACGGAUUGCUCGUAGGCAAUGCGACUGUCUUCAACAGCCCGAUCGCUCACGCGUGCUCAUGGGAUCCUGAGGCUAUUCAUGAUAUGGCUGUGAUCAUCGGUAAAGAAUCCCAGGCCCUUGGUAUCAACCAAAUCUUUGCACCAGUUGUUGAUCUGGCGCGUGAGCUCCGCUAUGGCAGAGUCGAAGAGACAUAUGGAGAGGACCACUACCUUGCUGGAGAGUUCGGCUACAAUUACGUCAAGGGUGUUCAAAGCCAGAAGGUUGCUGCCACCGUCAAGCACUUCGCUGGAUUCUCGGCGCCCGAACAGGGUAUAAACACCGGACCCGUGCAUGGUGGCGAGCGUGAGCUCCGAACCACGUGGUUGCCCUCUUUCAAGCGCUCCAUCAUUGAUGGUGGUGCGUUUAGUAUUAUGGGAGCUUACCACUCAUAUGAUGGCAUCCCCUCCAUUGCCGACUACCUCCUCCAAGAGACCAUUCUGCGCGAGGAGUGGGGCUACGAGUAUUUUAUCACCUCGGAUGCCGGCGCCACAGAUCGUCUCUGCUGCACGUUCAAGCUUUGCCAGUGCAAGACCGCAGACAAGCCAAUCGACAAAGAGGCUGUAACCUUGUACACUCUCCCCAACGGCAACGACGUCGAGAUGGGUGGCGGCUCGUACAACUUCGAGAUCAUUCCUCAACUCGUCGAAGCUGGCAAGCUCGACAUUGAUACCGUGGACCGAGCAGUUGCGCGCCAGCUUAGGGCAAAAUUCGCCAUGGGUCUGUUUGAGCAUCCAUAUAAUGCCCUGCCAGCGAACGAGACAAAGGCAGUCAUCCACACUAAGGAAAGUGUCGCAUUUGCACGCAAGCUGGACGCCGAGUCAAUUGUGCUUCUCGAAAACAAGAAUCAAACCCUUCCCUUGUCCAAGUCUGCCAACAUCGCUGUCAUUGGGCCCAUGGCCAAUUUCACCAACUUCGGUGACUACGUCGUGAAGGAGGCUGCAUUGAACCCUGCAAACGUCAAUCCUCUACAAGGUAUUCAAGAAGCGACUAACGGUACCGUUACCUUUGCACAAGGCUGUGAACGCUGGUCCUCCGACGAAUCCGGUUUCCCCGAAGCUGUCGCCGCAGCCGAAGCCGCAGACGUCGCCGUAGUCCUAGUCGGCACCUGGUCUCGCGAUCAAUUCGAGCUCUGGCAAGGCGUCAACGCCACAACCGGCGAGCACGUCGACGUCGCCUCGCUCAACCUCGUCGGCGCCAUGGGACCCCUUGUGCAAGCCAUCAUCUCCACCGGCAAGCCCACCAUCGUUGUCUACUCCUCCGGCAAGCCCAUCACCGAGCCCUGGAUCAGCGAAAACGCCGCUGCCCUCGUCCAGCAAUUCUACCCCGGCGAACAAGGCGGCCACGGUCUCGCUGACGUACUAUUCGGCGACGUGAACCCCUCCGGCAAGCUCUCCGUCUCCUUCCCCUACGACGUCGGCACCCUGCCCAUCUACUACGACUACCUCAACUCCGGGCGCUACACCGAAGCCGGCAAGGUCUGGCCGAACGGCACGCUUCAAUUCGGCCACCAAUACGUCCUCAACAACCCGCAACCGCUCUACGAAUUCGGCUACGGACUGUCCUACUCCAACUUCACGUACUCCAAUGUCUCGCUCUCCAAGACUGAGGUUUCUGCGACUGACAAGAUUACUGCGACAGUUAGUGUCACGAAUGAGGGCGAGUGGGAUGGUAAGGAGGUCGUGCAGGUUUAUGUGCAGGAUGUUAUUGCGAGUAUUGUUGUGCCGAAUAUUGAGCUCAAGGGAUUCAAGAAGGUGCUUGUGCCCGCAGGCGAGACGGUCGAUGUCAGUAUUGAUCUUGAUGUCUCGAAGUGGGGCCUGUGGAAUAGGACGAUGAAGUAUGUCGUGGAGAAGGGAGAUUUUGUGGUGCAUGUUGGUGCUAGUUCGAAGGAUUUGAGGGCUAACGGUACUGUCACGGUGGUUUGA